UUUCCUUUAAGAGUUCCUCGGAUAGCAUAGGUAAAUUAAUUAAUUAUUAUCAUCCUUUCAUACCUGACCAUAUAUUUUUAUAAUGCAGCUAAUUUUUAGAUGAACAAACAAAAUUAGACAUUCAUAGUGAGCAAUCAUAAUAGAUCUUAUAUCCAUGGAUAUCACGUUGAUGAUAAUAUAGGCAAAAAGUUAAUUAUUAGUUAAGGCUCAGAGUUAGGAGGUAAUAGUGUUGAAGUAACUAAUAAGAAUUAUAAUAUAGGUGGAAUAGAGGAAAUCGAAAUAAGUGCUUUAGAAAGAAUAUGAUGCAAGGAGUAUAAGAUAUGCGAAUGAAGAUUAUUCAUAUUUGGCAAAUGUUUUACUAAGCAGAUUUUCACAAUUAGAUGCAGCAUCCACAAUAGCUACUCAAUAUCCAUUAUUUAAAAUGUUAAGAGGUGUUACUAAAAAAUUUAUGUUUAAUGAAUUAGAAAUCAUAUUCUUUUUACAUACAAUUGAAGAAUAGAAAUGGAGAUAUGAUGAUUAAUUGAUUUCAGAUUUCUAAGCUUACUUUAAAUAAGAUUUUUUGAGCAACUAAGAAGUAAUUAAAUAUUAAAAAUAAUUUAAUUAGAAUUAGAAUGUAGAAGGAUUCAAGAAAUUAUUAUUAUUUUUAAUAUGUUGUGGAUAUACAAUCAAAUGUUUUUUCAAUGAUUCAAAUGAUUAAGAAAUAAUUUUAAUAACUGAUCACAUUCAAUAAUAUUGUUAGAAAGAGUAAUAAAAACAUUUAAAUUUAUAAUAGUUUUAAAAAAUAACUUUUAGAAUUAUGGAGAUAGAAAUACAUGAAUUGUUCAUUGAAAAUUGUUCCCAGGGUUUUAAAUAAAUUAUAUAAUAAAUUAAUGAGAUUACCUAAAGAUGGAAAAUAAGAAUUACAAUAAGAUUAUAAUGCUUUAGUAGAUUAGAUAAUCUAGAUAUCUCCUGCUUAUAAUAGUUAAGAUGGAAAAUAGAUAAAGCAAGAAGCUAAACCAAUCUAAUAAUAACCUUAAUAGUAACCAUCUAUAAAUUAUAGCUAAUAACCCUAUCAACCAUAAUUUAUGGGUAAUUCAGGUUUUAGUAUGAAUUUUUCCCAAUUACAAAAUCCUCAAUAGAAUUAACCAUUUUUUUAAGGUAUUUCAUCAUCAGAUUUUAUGGAUCCUAACUUCAAUGAUAAUCUGCUUGGAAAUACAUCAAAAAAUAAAAAAGAAAUGCCACCUUCACCACCACCUUUAGUGAGUUAAUCUUCUAAUUAUAAAAAUCAAUGAUAAAUUAAAUUAAUA